AUGAGUUCUUCUCACGGCACUCCUGUCAAGACCUACAGCUUCACCAUACUUUCUUGCCUGGAAGGCAUCGAGAUGAAAUUCUCCAUGAAUCGCAUGCGAUUGGGGGAACGCGUGCAUGGGUCGGCCACCUGGGUCGUCAAAGCCCAGAAAGAGCGUUACCGCGACCGACUGAAGUCAUCUACAGAAGAAAUGAAAGCAGGCAGUGCAACUGCGCCUCUAGUUGGAUCGGUGGAGGACAAAGCCGAUGCCUCCGAAAGCAAGAAGAAGCCGAGGGCGUCCAGUUCAAGCUACUCUCUCAGUUCGGCGAAGUCGGCCUCCACUGCUGAGCAGCAGCUGGAAAGCCUUUCCGUCUCCGUCUUGAGAGCAAAGGUCAGGUAUCUUGGAGCUGAGCCGUCCAUCAUCGCCCGGUGCAUUGAGAAGCGGGAGUUGGUGUCCCUGGCACUCGAGCUGUUGCGCAACAGCUCGCUGAACUCGAAAAAGAAGUCCAAGAACCCGAAGAAGAAGAAGUGA